GUCACGUGAGCGGCCCGCCGCCCGGAAAAUACCUCUUCCAUUUUCAUCUUGGGUUCUGGCUCUCUCUUAACACUCCCGCAAGCGAAACAAGAGGUCAGCAGAUAACGCGCGGCAGGCCAUGUCCUCCUCCGCCUGCUCCGCCUGCUGCCGCCCUUCAUCGUCGUCUUCUCCGGCCAUCUCCGCCUCCACAACGCCCUUCCCGUCCACCUCCAAAUUCAAGCCCGUCCUCAGAACCAAGCCCCAUGCCACGAUCCCCAAAAUGUCCCUCGACCCUCGCGACUUUCACAGUCCCGCCCCCAGCCUCCUCCCCCUCCUCCUCCUCCUCCUCCUCCUCCCGCCGUGGCCGUGGCCGCCCUCCUGUGGGGCCCCUCCCUCCCCCGGGCCUCCUCGUCUCCUCCGUCCGCUCCGCCUGGACCGCCGCCUGGCGCCUCAUGAUGUCCCAGCUCGCCCCCUCCGACCCCUCCGGCCGCUACGCCCGCCCCGCCUCCCGCUUCCGCCUCGCCGGCCCCUCCGGCCUCCCCGGCCCGAGGCGGCCCGGCGCCCUCCACCUCUACGUGGGCCUCCCCUGCCCGUGGGCCCACCGGGCGCUCGUCGUCCGGGCCCUGAAGGGCCUCGAGGAGGCCGUGCCGGUGUCGGUGGCGUCCCCCGGCGUGGACGGCUCGUGGGAGUUCCGGGACCCGCCGGGCCCGGAGAGGAGCGACCUGGCCCCGGGCCGGGACAGGGUCAACGGGUGCCGGAACCUGAGGGAGGUGUACCGGCGGCGGAGGGGAGGGUACAGCGGGCGGUGCACCGUGCCGAUGCUGUGGGACGUGGAUCGGAGCGACGUGGCUUGCAACGAGAGCUACGACAUCAUCAGGGUGCUCAAUUCCGGCCUGAACGGGCUGGCCCGACACCCAGAGGUCGAUCUCGCGCCGCCCGAAUUGGAGGCCGAGAUCGAAGAGUGGAACCGUGUGAUCUAUCCCGGCGUGAACAACGGAGUGUACAGGUGCGGGUUUGCGCAGAGCCAAGAAGGGUACGACGCGGCGGUGACCGAGCUGUUCCGCACCCUGGACAUGUUGGACGAUCACUUGAGCCGGUCGCGGUACUUGUGCGGCGACAAGCUGACCCUUGCGGACGUGUGUCUGUUCACGACCUUGGUCCGGUUCGAUCCCGUGUACAAUGUGCUGUUCAAGUGCACAAAGAAGAAGCUGGUGGAGUACCCCAGCCUUCAUGGGUACAUGCGAGACAUUUAUCAGGUGCCAAAAGUGGCAGCAACUUGCGACUUCGACGCGAUCAUGGAUGGUUACUACAGAUUUCUUUUUCCUCUCAAUCCGGGCAAUAUCAAGCCAAUCAUGCCUUCAGCUUUUGCGGGUGAUGCUCUGUUCGAGCCCCACGGCAGGGAAAGAUUGUCGUCACAAAGUCGAGGGACUUUGGUUAGCUCAUGAUCCGACGCCUCUCGACAGUUGAACUGCAGAUAGAUAUGACCUGUACACAUUCUGUAUUAGAAGCAAUGCUCGAGUAGAGUAUGUUUCACACACCCGAGGUUGAAUUGCUUAAUACUCUCACGAAGAUUAGUCGGAAAAAAGUAGCUUUCUGAAGAAAUGUGUUCCCAAUAAAAGUUAAUAGGGUUUCUUAA